CCGUAUAGUCGGCGCCGGCGUGGGUGUCGUUUACAAGGGCGAGGCCGUCACCCGCGGUCGUGUUUGUAUAUUAUAUUAUAUGAUAUCAUCUUAUUAUUGUACCACGUCAAACACAGACCGCCAAAAUCGUUUUCCUUAACCGUUUUUUUAUUUUUAUACUUGCGGAAUUGUCACGACCCGACUUCCGAACGCAUUGUUGACGACUUCAACGAAUAUUCGAUAUCUAUUUUUGCCGCCGAAUCCGUUUUUUAUCCCGACACGCCGGCCGCAUACUCACCUGUCACUAUCAACAAUUCGCGUACCGCGUACGUGUACGAGUCUUAUACGCCCUGUUUAUUCGUCAUGUGCCUCGACGUACGCUAUCUCAAUAAUUGUCACAAAAACACUGCCGCGUGACACGACACAACGUAUAGCGGUUCUUAGGGGCAAUAUAUUGUUUCACGCCGCAUACGCGUAUGUUAAGUUACCGAAAUUUUACACGUUUUUCAUAUCUUAUCGUGAUAAUACAAUACAGUAAUAUUAUAAAUUGUAAGUAAUUGUCGUGAGAAGUGUAUUUUGCUGUACGAAAAAAGCAUAUUAGGUCGUGUCUAUAUUAUUAUCAUCAUAAUAAUAUAAUAACUCUCGCAACCGGACCGCAACAGUCCUGCAGCGAUCGAUGGACAUCAAGGGUAAGGUCGCCAUGGUUACAGGCGGGGCCGCCGGCAUUGGUCGCGCGUACUGCGAGGAACUGCUGAAAAACGGAGCCAAAGUAUCCAUAUGUGACAUCAACGAAGACGUCGGUGUCAAAUUGGCCGACCUAUUAGGUGCCAAGUUUGGAAACGUCAAAGUGAUAUUUUGUCCGUGCGACGUCACCGAUUAUCCACAGUUUCAAGAUGCGUUCCGAAAGACUAUAGCAGCUUUUGGCGGACUUGACAUAGUGGUUAACAAUGCGGGUGUGUUCAAUGACCGAUUCUGGGAAUUCGAAGUGGAUGUGAACUUGAAUGGAGUCAUCAGAGGAACACUGCUGGCGAUGCAACUCAUGGGCAAAGACAAAGGAGGCCGUGGUGGUACAGUGGUCGUAACUUCGUCUACAAUGGGAUAUAAACCAUGUCCUAGCAUGCCGAUCUACACAGCCACCAAACAUGCUCUCAUUGGUUUCAUUAGGUCAUUUGGGGAUCCUUAUCACACGAACUUAACAGGGAUUCGAGUGAUCGCUUUAUGUCCAGGGAUGACACUGACCGAUGCUAUACCCGAGGACGUUAAAUUGGCGUUAUUGUCGCCCAAUUUUAUACAUCUCUGGGAUAAGGACGUUGCGUCACAAGCACCUCAAGCCGCCCAAAGUGUGGGACGUGCGCUAAUUCACGUACUGCAGAAAGCUCAAAGUGGUUCGGUUUGGGUUGCCGAGAACAACAAAUCAGCCAAAGAAGUCAAGUUCCCUAACUUUUAAUUUUUAGCGCCAUUUAUCAAUCAUUUUUUUUUUUAAAUAAUUGUUUUGUUUUUAAUGUUUAAAUUACUCUCCACCUGUGGUGGUGGGAACCAUUUUAUUUAUAUUUCAUAUAAUUAUAUUAUGUUUUUCGUAUUUAAAUUCAAAACCCAUAAUUUAUCGUUAUUAAUUAUUAUUGUUUUAUUCGCUGAAAUCAUAAUGCUUUAAUAGGUUACAUAUAAUGUAUAAGCCGGUAUAUUAUUUCAUUUGAUAAUUAAUACUUAGCGCAGUUCUUCAAUUGAUUUGGGUAUAGUUAAAUAAAAAUACACUCAUAUUAACGUCACUUCGACGGAAAUAUAAAUUAAUCAACUUACAUCAAAUAUAAUCAUAUCGAAGUAUACAUAAAAACUAAAUACCUAAUGCUCAUAUAUUAAUCGUAUUAUACAUAAAUAAUAAAUAUAUAUGUGUAUAUAUAAUAUAUAUAUAACAUAUAUAUUUAUAUAUCGUAAGUAUAAAUAGAUAUGCAGUCAGAAAAAUCGGUCUAAUAUAUUGUCAAACAAUUAUCUUGACCGUUUCUUUUUUUGUAUCUUACGAUGUAUAUACAUAUAUUUAUUUAUGUACAUAUAUGUACACAUGUAUGUAUAUAUAAUUAAUUAUUUU